AUGUCUAUAUUAGCAGUGAGAGGUAUACCAGCAAGGUGGUCUCUUAUGAAUGUUGUGAAGAUACUGGCUAAAACGAUAGCUGGUAAUUUUGAAGCAUUAAACUUUGAAACUGGGAAAGGUGGCAGGAAGGUAUGCUACCUAAGAUUGUCGGAGAAAUUGGACCCAGUUCGCGUUGUGGAGAAGAUUAAUUCUACAAUAUUUCCAAAGCAGUUUCGGCCGUUUGCAUACAUCCCUGAUCAUGUUCCUGAUAUUCCGCUGGCAGUGAAACCUAGGAAGAUACCGAACAAGUUACGGCGGGCACUUUUGAUUGCUACUGAAACUGAGCCAGAGAAGGUGAUUGCUAUGACGAGUAAUGAGAUUAUGACGGAGCUGCAGAGCAAGUACCCUGGUCUGAACAAUGUCAGCAAGAAGACCAACCAUAAACUCAUGGAGGAGCUGACUAAGAAAGUGUUAGAAAGAGUCCAAGGCGUAGGAGAAAGGCAUGCAGACAUGCUAGAGUCAUGUUACAAGUUGAGCCGGUGCUACCGUCGCACACACCCACAUUUCGGUGACUUCCAACUUGUACUGGGCACGCUACACACACUGCAGGACGCCGCCGGGAUCCCACGUACACAGCUCAGUGAAAAGGAACUUUCUGAAUUACCUUCACAUUCUUACAUGAUUGACAACUUGCCGUUUGAUAAAGUGCAGCAAGCCUGCAAUAAGUAUUCAGACAGAAUUAUAAAGAAGGUAACUGAACACGUGAAAAAUCUCAAAUCUGAGGUGACGAGCACCGACACAGAAGAUGAAGUGGUCAGGAAGAGAGUUCGAGAGGAACUCAAGAAGAUGACGCCAUUCUUGUCCAUGAUCGUGAAGCAAGUUGUGAGCAAACACUUCAUUCCACAAAAGACUGGCUACUAUAAGUUACGGAUAUACGGCGAGCCGUACCUCCCCGGUAAGGAGACGAUGGCGCCGUUCUUGCGUUGGUUCCAAGCAGUGCGCACGAUUCGUUCGGAGCGCAUGUUCAACUUGCUGCUCUUCGGCGUGCCGCCCUCCAACUAUGCCGCUAUCAUGGCCAUGGAUGGCACUGUUCUCAACGGUGCCAAGCUGGUAAUACGGCCGUCAGACCUACCCAUGUAUAAGUCGCCGAAUUCCAUCCUUUCUGCCACUCAAGAGGCAGAUACUCAGGAAGAAGAUAUGACAGAAGUUCAGACUGGCGAGUGGAAUGACGAUGAAACUUUGUAA